CAUUGCGCACGCGCAGCGUAGUCAUCUGACAGAUGAGCGCUUUGGACGUUUCGCAGCACCGCUACAUCGAGGGCCACCGCUGGGAACACAGAGCAGGACACAGACUCCACGAGGGACCGUCUCCUGCAAGAAUAAAAGAACUCGUCACACGGAGAGCACCCUGCAAGAACACCCGCGGGUUUGGAGGUUUGCAAGCGCUGAAAAUUCAGUGUAAAAUGUAGCCAGCAGCGCUGGUGAGGGGUCGUUGUAAUUUCUCGGGGGCUGCAUGGCUCUUCCCAGGGAUGCCAUGAAAAUCAGAGCAGCCGAGUGACUGAGAGACCGCUGCUCCUCGUUAUCGCAGACACGCGGCGGCGACGGUGGAGGAGGUGAGCGAUGGAUCCUCGUGGAAAGAUCUACACGAGGUAGCGCUUACGAAGAUCCAUCCAGGGAGAGCUGAACGUCUCUGUCGCGCAGUGUAGCCGUGUAAAGGAUGGAUUUCAGCCUGCUCCGGAAUAUCAUCAGCAGAUACUGUGUCGGGGAGGAGAUCUGGGUGGACAGUCGGACGGUGUAUAUCGGGCAUAAAGAACCCCCUCCAGGAGCUGAGGCGUACAUCCCUCAGCGUUAUCCCGACAACCGCAUUGUGUCCUCCAAGUACACCUUCUGGAACUUCAUUCCCAAGAACCUGUUUGAGCAGUUCAGAAGAAUCGCUAACUUUUACUUUUUGGUCAUAUUUUUGGUUCAGCUCAUCAUCGACACCCCCACCAGCCCAGUCACUAGUGGCCUGCCCCUCUUCUUUGUUAUCACGGUCACCGCCAUCAAACAGGGCUACGAGGAUUGGCUCAGACACAAAGCUGACUGCUCUAUAAACGAGUGUCCGGUGGACGUGGUGCAGCAGGGGAAGGUGGUGAGGACACAGAGUCACAAGCUACGGGUGGGGGACAUCGUUGUGGUGAAGGAAGAUGAGACGUUCCCCUGUGACCUCAUUCUUCUCUCCUCUAGUCGCUCUGAUGGGACCUGCUACGUCACCACCACCAGCUUGGACGGGGAGUCUAGUCACAAGACCUAUUAUGCUAUACCAGAUACCAUGGCCUUUAGAACAGAGCAGGAGGUGGAUUUGCUACAUGCCACUAUUGAAUGUGAACAACCGCAGCCUGACCUCUACAAAUUUGUGGGACGUAUCAAUAUUUACAAGGACAAAGAAGAGCCUGUGGCGAGACCACUUGGAGCUGAGAAUUUGCUCCUUAGAGGAGCCACGCUGAAGAACACACAGCAUAUUUACGCUGUUGCAGUCUACACUGGCAUGGAGACCAAGAUGGCACUUAAUUACCAGUCUAAAUCUCAGAAGCGCUCUGCUGUGGAAAAGUCGAUGAAUGCCUUCCUCAUAGUGUACUUGUGCAUCUUGAUCAGUAAAGCGGUGAUCAACACUGUUCUGAAGUACGCUUGGCAGUGGUCGCCCGAUCGGGAUGAGCCCUGGUACAACCACAGGACUGAGCACGAGCGUCAGCGCCAUGUGGUGAUCCGAGCCUUCACAGACUUCCUGGCCUUCAUGGUUUUGUUUAAUUACAUCAUCCCCGUGUCCAUGUAUGUAACGGUGGAGAUGCAGAAAUUUCUUGGCUCCUAUUUCAUCAGCUGGGACGAGGAGAUGUUUGACGAGGAGCUGGGAGAAGGCGCUCAGGUGAACACCUCGGACCUGAAUGAAGAGCUGGGACAGGUGGAAUAUGUGUUUACUGAUAAGACGGGCACUCUAACUGAGAACAACAUGGAGUUUAUCGAAUGCUGCGUUGAUGGGAACGUCUAUAUCCCACACGCGAUCUGCAACGGCCAAAUCCUCAGCGCUGCGUCAAGUAUAGACAUGAUUGAUUCCUCACCUGGUGGCUACAGGAGAGAAUACGAGGAUUUGUUUUUUCGGGCGCUGUGUCUGUGCCACACGGUGCAGGUGAAGGAGGAGGAGACGGUGGAUGGCAUCAAGAGGGGCAUCCACCAGGGCAGGCCCACCUCCUUCUACAUCUCUUCCUCACCAGAUGAGGUAGCUUUGGUCGAGGGAAUGAAAAGGCUCGGUUACACAUAUCUAAGACUGAAGGACAACUACAUGGAGAUCCUCAACAAAGAUGACGAGAUUGAAAGGUUUGAAUUGCUCCAUGUGCUGAACUUUGACUCUGUCAGGAGGCGAAUGAGCGUUAUAGUCAAGUCGAGCUCAGGAGACUACCUGCUGUUCUGUAAGGGUGCUGACUCAUCCAUUUUUCCACGGGUGGUCUCGGGAAAGGUGGAACAAGUUAAAGCCCGGGUGGAACAAAAUGCAGUGGAAGGGCUGCGAACUCUGUGCGUCGCCUAUCGAAGGCUCUCACAGUCUGAAUACCAGGAGGCGUGUCAUCACCUGAUGGAAGCCAAACUUGCCCUGCAGGACAGGGAGCAGAGGCUGGCUCAGGCCUAUGACAUCAUCGAGAGAGACUUUGUUCUUCUGGGCGCCACAGCAGUGGAGGACAGGCUCCAGGAGAAAGCAGCAGACACUAUUGAGUCACUGCACAAGGCUGGGAUGAAAGUUUGGGUCCUGACCGGGGACAAGAUGGAGACGGCGGCGGCUACUUGCUACGCCAGCAAGCUGUUCCGUCGCACCACCCAAAUCCUGGAGCUCACCAAGAAACGCACGGAAGAGCAGAGCCUUCACGAUGUGUUGUUUGAACUCAACAGGACUGUUCUCAGACAGCGCUCCAUCUCUGGCUUGUCCGUAGACUGCCUCGACUUUGGCCUCAUUAUCGACGGGGCCACUCUUUCUGCAGUAUUGAAGCCCAACCAGGAGGGUGCAGGCCACGGCAACUACAGAGAGAUCUUUCUAGAGAUCUGUCGUAACUGUAGCGCCGUACUCUGCUGUCGCAUGGCACCUCUGCAAAAAGCACAGAUUGUGAAGCUGAUUAAAGCCUCCAAGGAGCACCCCAUAACCCUCGCUAUUGGCGAUGGAGCCAACGAUGUCAGCAUGAUCUUGGAAGCACAUGUGGGAAUUGGCAUCAUGGGUAAAGAAGGUAGACAAGCAGCAAGAAAUAGUGACUACGCCAUCCCGAAGUUCAAACACCUGAAGAAGAUGCUUCUGGUCCAUGGCCAUUACUACUACAUCCGAAUUGCUGAGCUCGUUCAGUACUUCUUCUACAAGAAUGUAUGCUUCAUCUUCCCUCAGUUCCUCUAUCAAUUCUUCUGUGGAUUCUCCCAGCAGCCUCUGUACGACACGGCGUAUUUGACGCUUUACAACAUCAGCUUCACCUCCCUCCCCAUUCUGCUGUACAGCCUGGUUGAGCAGCACGUCAGCAUGGACACAUUGAAGAGAGAGCCCUCCUUGUACAGGGACAUUGCGAAGAACUCCCUCCUCCGCUGGCCUGUCUUUCUCUACUGGACAUGCCUGGGUGUGUUUGAUGCUGUUGUCUUCUUCUUCGGUGCCUACUUCCUGUUUGACAACACCACCUUCACCAGCAACGGCCAGAUGUUUGGGAACUGGACGUUUGGGACUCUCAUCUUUACUGUUCUGGUGUUCACUGUAACACUAAAGCUUGCCUUGGACACGCACCACUGGACCUGGAUUAAUCACUUUGUCAUCUGGGGGUCGCUACUUUUCUAUGUUAUUUUCUCUCUUCUCUGGGGUGGGAUCAUUUGGCCCUUCCUGAACUACCAGAGGAUGUACUACGUGUUCAUGCAGAUGCUGUCCAGCGGUCCGGCCUGGCUCAGCAUCAUCCUCCUCAUUACAGUCAGCUUGCUGCCAGAUGUCAUCAAGAAGGUCCUCUGCAGGGCCAUGUGUCCCACAGCCACUGAACGCGCACAGGAUCAUCAGAAGCUGUUGCCGGGUAGCGUGGCGGCCGUGACUCCACUGUCCUUCUGUCGAUCCUGCAAAGGCACGAGCGCGGACUCCUCUCACCUCCACCUUGGCACCGCAGAGUCACUGUCGCUCUGCAGGUCUGACCCUCUACCCCAGAAACUCCUGGCCCAUUUGGCAGAGAGCGGAGGGACAGAAUUGUGUCCUCUCAGCCCUUACAUGCUCCGUCUCUCUGGGGCAGGGUUCGCCUACUACGCUCCUGGGCCGGAAACCUCAGUGUGAACACAGAUGCAGACUCUGAAGCUUCUGCAUCUUAGAGAUCCGCGAAUUACACAACGCAGACAUGUUCAAACACAUCUGAAGCAUGGACACUCCAUGCUAAGUUCACCAUGUGCAUUUUUGGGCUACACCUGAGUGAAAAACCCUUUAGAUAGUAUUGCCCUUACUCCUAAUUCACAUACUUGUCUCAUUUUUUUUUCUUUUUUUUUUUUUGGUUUGAUUCAGCAAAUUCCCUGCUCAGACUCUUACUUGAAAAAGUUUAUGAGCAAAAGGAGAACCAUGUGCGAAAAUGCUUCUCGCACUGUGGAGCUGUGCCGUUUGAACUGUUGAACCUUUUUGUAUUUCCUCGUCUCAUUUUCAGUCUGACACUCUUGCCUGGUCCUCCACUUUUGCGUCCCCUUUUUUCGCUUCUUUGUAAAUGUUUGUCGGAAACAUUUAUGUACAUUUUGUGGUCUGGCCAAGUAAGGGGGAUAGCCUUCAAGCUCAGCCCUUUAGGUGUGCGUGCGUGUGCAUGAGCGUGAGUACGCAUGAAUUUUGCCUGUUUAUUGUAUGUUUGUAUGUGACACACCUUUGCCUUACAGGUAACAACACAGCAGCAGGCUAGGAGCCAAAGGAGAAAGGUGUUUAGAUUUAGAAAAACUGGAAAAAAAGAAGCAUAAGUGAUGUUUUUACAAAGCCUUACACACAACCAUCAGCUGAAGGAGAGAGGCGGGGGAAAUCUGAAGAGGGAUGUGCAGUAUUUUAGCCACCCUGCCUUAAUUCAUAGAUGCCCUUUUUUUCCCCUUUAAACUGAUUAUAUUUGGUCACUUUAAACACAUUUGUGAGAGUACAAGGAGGUUCAAAGAGCAUAGAUAUAAAUAUAUACAGUACAAUGAGUCUAUUAUUCCUCCUACUUUCUUUUACCCUCACAAUUGUGUCGAGCUUUGUUUCCCUUAUCUGUCAGCGUAGCAUGUCAGAUCUCUCUCUGCAUGCUGAUUUAUUCUUCUCUCAGUUGUUCCACAUCCCUCUUUGUCCCAGACAUCAUUCAUCACCAAACCUUUCAUGGCACUUGUGGGUUUUUUUUUUUCCUUUUCCCUGAACAGUUAGCAAAACUGCACCCUCUCCUGCCACCAUGUGGUUGUGCAGGGUAACAGCAGCAGCCUGGGACUUGUUUGCGUGUUUGUUUGUGGAUGUCCUAAAUUACUUGCUACUCCUCCCUGUUGCAUUGUGCUCGUGUGUUUGCUGCUGUGCUCCGUGUUAUGCAAAAGUUAACGUAAGAAUGCUAAUGUUGUCACGUUAUAAGGGGUUGUCUCUGUGUCACAUAAUUCCAUGAGGCUUUUUUUUUUUUGUUUUUGUACUGUUCGAAAAUUAUUGAUGUCAGUCACUAUUGAUGUGUGGAUGUAAAUUUAAAAAAACAAUGUUGAUCUAUAUUGUGGUGAGAAGGGGUGUUGGAUAGAUUUCAUUUCUUGUAAGAAGGUGGGAGACUUGAAUCGGCGAUGUCACAAUCAAAUCAAUGAGAAUGUUGAAGUGAUUUGUCCAUCACGUCCUCCAGCUGAAGAUUGUAGCUCAUUUUCGGUGAACCUCUUUUUCUGCAUUUCUAAAAAUCUGAAUUUUGUUGGGUUACAUAGCAAGUUACUGACUCUGGAAGUCAUGAAUGUGAGAUUUUCUUCUUCUUCUUUUUUUUUUUUUUAUACAUUUAUACAGUUUCAUACACAUCACCAUUUGCCAAUAUGUAUAAAAUCAUUAAUCUGGACUCUUCCCUUCAGUUUUCACUCCACAAGCCUCCACAGGUGUGGAGGGGCUCAACAUCCCGACCUCAGCGAUAAAAGGAACGUACUUGGUGCUUGUAACACAGUGUCCCACCUCACUGUGCCGUUGCCAUACCGUAUCGAGACAUAGUCUAAAUGUCAUAUUCUACAAUAAUAAUGUAACUUUUGUGAUAUGACGGGGAAGCAUUUGUUGUAAUUCAGGCAUGUUUAGUAGCAAAUUCCUCCACAUUUCAAAUUUUCACCACUUAGUCAAUUUUUGUGUUGUCCAUUGUGUAUAUUUUUUUUGCUACUUUUGUAUCUCAGAGAGAAGACUAUAUUUUAACUCUAUGCUAGAGUAUGUGGUCGAGUUUGUAACCAAAACGAGAGGAAAAAACUAAGAUUCAUUAGAUUUACCAAUAGUUAUACACAGUGCACUUUGUUUUACAACAGAUCUGUUUGACCAUUCAAAACCAGGUCUUGUCUUGUCAGCUGGGGUUUAUGGUUCACUCUUCCUCACAAGUUAUUUUUCUAAGAAGAUUGUAUUGGGUGAGAAGGGGAGGGGAAAAAAAGAAGUGACCAAAUAACUUGACUAGGAAUGAACUGUCUGUAUGUGUCAGCUCUGUCGCAAUGGAUUUAUCACACCAGCCUUCUACUGCUGAUCAGAAUGUCAAACUGCUUUUUUCUAAGUCCAUCAGCACAACAGCAGGUGCUCAUCUUGUCACUCCUGAGCUUGGCAAAGGUCUGAUAUGUCGACUUCUGUGCUCUGAGCAGCACACUUCAUAUCAUACCUUUUUAGUACGGCACUGUUUGUAUUACUAAACAGGUUUUGAGAAUUACUUUUUUUCCGUUUUGGAUAAAAGAUUUUAAAAGUUCACCUGUUGACUUUUUGCCAGCCUGUCUGUAGCAAAUGAGGGCAAAGCACUGUAUUGUCAUUCUGCUUGGAAUAAAGAGUGAAAACACU